UCUCUAUCCCUCCGCGCGCGCUCCGUUCGACUCUCUCGCUCGUUCGCGGUCGUAACCGUCCCCUCCACCGUUUGGAACCAACACAAACACUCUGCUCGCUCCCUCCGCACCGGACGACGACGUGACGGUCGCCCCCCACCGACGAGACCGUUCGUUUGAAAUAUCGCCACACACACGCGCGCACACAUACGCGCACGCACGCACACACACACGCAGUGUAGUACACGGUUUUUUUGUCCGACCCGUUCCCCCGUUACCGUCGUCAGUACGGUAUACGCUCUCGUGACGUGCGUAUCCGCGAUACGACAAAAGUGUUCAAUAUCAUAAUAUAUUUCGCGAUACGGUCGCAUUUCGAUUGUGCGCGCGAUCGUGAUCGUAGAUUUAUUAAUAUUUUUUCCCCAAUCUCCCCCCGUAUUAAAUAUUAGUCGUAAACGACGAUUAUUGUCUGUAAGUUUUUUUUUUUUUUUUUUUUUCUUAACGCCGUUCGCUCCGCCAUGAAGUGCGUUGCCGCCGCCGUCGUCGUCGUCGUCGUCUCCGCCGAUUUCGCGAUGCGUUGCUGACGCGGCCCCUCAGAGUGUUCGCGGAAGGAACGCGAGCCGCAACGCCGUGUCGGCGCUCGCCGCGGCACACGCACCGCCGACGGUGACGAGUGACACCUACGACCAGCGCCAGUGCGCGGACGACACGCCAUGUCGGCGGGGCCGUACGGAACCAUCAUGGACGAGUUGGGUGGCUUCACGGAGGUGCCCAUCUCGUACAGGCACAUCUCGCGGUUCCAGCCGUACCGGGUGCAGCCGUACCAGGCGCACGUUCAGCCCGUGGCCGCGCGCAAGGUCAAGUCGUCGACGGCAGUGGAACGGCGGACCAUGGCCGGCGGGUGCCAGUACGACGAGAACCGUCCCACGCACGUGCACAGGCUGUACCCCGAAAUACUGGCGUUGAUCUUCAGCUAUCUGGACGUGCCGGACAAGGGCCGCGCCGCCCAGGUGUGCACCGCGUGGCGCGAGGCCGCCUGGUACAAGUCGGUGUGGCGCGGCGUCGAGGCCAAGAUCGACAUGUGCCGGUCGUCGCAUCCCAUGUACGAGAGCCUCAAGCAGCGCGGCAUCAAGCGCAUCCAGGUGCUGUCCGUGUCCCGGUACAAGUGUCUGCGCGAGAUCGUCCAGAACGUGCCCAACCUGGUGUCGCUGAACAUGAGCGGCUGUUACCACAUCAAGGACGAGGACCUGCACCAGAUGUUCCUCGAACACCACCCGAACAUUACCGAACUCAACCUGUCGCUGUGCAAGCAGCUCACCGACGGCGGUCUCAUACGCAUCGCCGACACCCUGCGCGGCCUCACCCGCCUCGAGAUCCAGGGCUGCUCGUACAUCACCAACAAGGGUUUCUCGCACAUCGCGCGCAAACUCAAGAAACUCAAGUAUCUCAACCUGCGGUCGUGCUGGCACCUGUCUGACGUGGGCCUGUCGCACAUCAGCGGCGCCAGCAAGGACUCGACCGACGGCAACUCGCAACUCGAGUUCCUGGGACUACAAGACUGCCAGCACAUCACCGAUGAGGGUCUCAAGUACGUAUCUGAGGGCUUGCGCUCCCUGCGUAGUCUCAACCUGAGCUUCUGCGUCAACAUCACCGACACCGGUCUCAACUAUGUGUCGCGCAUGAACACUCUGGACGAGCUAAACCUGAGUGCUUGUGAUAACAUCUCCGACAUUGGCAUCGGUUACCUGUCCGAAGGUUGCACCAAGUUGGGCAGCCUCAACGUGUCGUUCUGUGAUAAGAUCGGCGACCAGGCGCUUCUCCAUGUCUCCCAUGGGUUAUAUGGCCUGCACACCCUGUCCUUAGGUUCAUGCCAAAUAUCUGAUGACGGCAUACUGUACAUAUCGAAAUCGCUUCGCAACCUCGAGGUGCUCAAUAUUGGCCAGUGCAACUCAGUCACCGACAAGGGUCUGGAGCAUUUGUCGGAUUCGUGCAAACUGUUGCGGUCCAUAGAUCUGUACGGGUGCACAAAGAUCACCAAAGAAGCCAAAGAGAAGAUUCUAAAAAUGCCAAACAUCAGGAGGGAUACAGUCAAUGAAGACUUGUGGCAGCUUAGAUGACCGAAGGAAUAUUUUGUUUUUUAACAUUUCAAUAUGUGAUAUAUAUUUAUAAUUUAGGUAAGUUAGUAACAUAUUAUGUUUUAUUGAGAAUAUCGGGUUCUGCCAUCAUUUCUAUUUGACAACAUCUAAUUCAUAUUAUAUAUUAUUAGGUAUUAUUAUUAUUAUUAUUAUUAUUAUUAUUAUUAUCAUCAUGAUUAUUAUUAUUAUUAUUAUUAUUAUUAUUCUUAAUAAAUAUUACAUACCUAAUUGAGAAAUUUGUCAUGCUUUCCUGCAGUUUUUAUGUUUUAAUGACAUUAUUUUUCAUGAUGAAUGAAACUCAAGCAUUUUACUUGAACUUGGAUCAUGUAAAAUCUUGAGUUCAUUUAACAAAAUGUAUUAUCAUUAUUAUAAUUUUGAAAAGCUAUAAAUCAUAAAGUCAUUGUUAGUUUAAUAUUCUUAUAGGUCAGGUUCCUUUUCAACUUCACUUAGUUAAUUCUGUAUUACAAAUUGUAUAAUCGUUAUUUCAUUAUGUUUUUAUCUUAAUCUUGACCUUCGAUAACACUCCAAAGCUGACAGAUUUUGCAAUUAAACCAUCCAUCGUUGGCUUCUCUAUUAUUAUUAUUUUUUUUUUUUCUAAUAGGUACUAUUCAUUUUACAUUUGAACUAGGUACCUGACUCAUCUUAUUUUGUUAUAACUAGAUACUAGUUCUACCCUAUUCCGUUCAAUAACUUACAUUUUGUACAUCAAUGUGAUAAUUUAGUUUAAUGCUCAUCAUCUUAUAAAAAGAAUAUAUUAUAUAAAUAAUAUAACAAGGUAGAAAUCUACUAAGUAUUUUAUUAUUAUAAUAAUUUUUUUUAUCCGUUUAUUAUUAUUUUUCUUUGUAAUUAAAAUUAUAACCAAUAUUUUUGUUUCGUUUAUAUUUUUAUUAUUAUUAUUAUUAUUAUUAUUCUUUUUUAUUAUUAUAUAUAAGCUCAACAGAGAUCAGACAAUCUAUAUAUUUGAACGUACUUAUAAAAAAAAAAAUUACCAAUACAUUGUUUAGGUCUCUUUUCUUUUUAUAUAUAAUGUUAUUUUGUUUAACCGCACGUCCACUAUUUGUUGAAUAAAAAUGCUUUUAAUUGUUUGUAUAAUGUUAAAUCUAUGAACGAUACGAAAAAACAUUAACUUAAGACUUACCUAUGUUUGUUUUUUCGUUGCGAAUGCAAUUUAGACUAAACGUUUUUUUGCUCAAUGUGUGAAGCCAAACGGAUUGGUUAUUAUUAUUAUUAUGAUUAUUAUGAUUACCUAUUAUUAAUUUUUAAUUGUGACUUGUGUUCGCGAAAACUAUAUACAUAUAUGUAGGUAGGUAAAAAUAAAAAAUAAAAACGACGUAACAUUACGAGCCUUGACAUUAUUCCUAGUUACCACUCACUAGGUGACCUAGAUGGAAUCCAGAUGAUUAAAACACUGUAGACUAUUGUCAUUAUGAAAAAAUUUGUAUAUAAAAUAUUUUUGUUAAAAAAUUGAUAUAUAUUUAAGAACAACAAUAAUUAUACCUAUUAACCAUGGUUUUUA